AUGUCAUCAAAUCGAGAGGGUCCCACAAACCCAACUUCCAAGCACCAAUCUUCCACGGAGACAUCAACCGGAGAGAUGCAGAUCCGAGACUUAGCUUUCAACCUUGCUGGGUGGGCUCUUAAGGACGUCUGCAAGGGCGAGCACAUGUAUCAACAAAUCAAUGCCAAAUCGAUACCUAGCAAGAAACCUCUGCAGUGGACAACUGCUAUCGAUAUCUCUACCACUGUGAACAAUGGAGAUACUGCGGAUUCUGCAUUCCGACAGUCAUUUGAUUUGACAGACGAAGAAGCCGACAGCACGCAACCUCUGCCCGAGAACACCUCACGCUACUUAAUUGUCGGUUACGCUAAACAUGGCAUUGGUGUGUUUCGAUACUCCAAAUCCCCAUCUUGGUUCAGCAUGCAUUCACCAAGUAAGGUGGGAACAGAGCGGCCUGACCGCAAAGAUAUUCUCUCUGGAAAGAACAAGGUUGCCUUUGUCGUGGUUGAGAUGAUGCAUAGAGAGGUGGACCCGGCUUUCUAUGUCCUCCUAUUUCCUCGCAAUGGUCUUUGCACACCAUACACUAUCGCAAGAAGCGAAAUCUUUUUUCGCCACGAGUUCAGAAGGGAACGUCGUCCGGGCGCAAAUGCCACGCUUACAGGCCGGCGAUAUGAAUGGGUAUCGAACAUAACCAGCGAUAGGAUUCUUGCGGGGAGCGAACAGGCAGUUUCGAGCGACGAAGUCGAAGAACCCAAGAUAUCUGACGACACCCGAGCCUCAAGUGCUGAAAAAAUGGACGACAAUCAAGCAUUAAGUGCUGGUACAACUGACGAUACCCGAGCCUCAAGUGCUGGAAAAAUUGACAAAGAUCAAGCAUUCAGUAGUGGAACAAUUGACGAUACCCGAGCCUCAAGCGCUGGAAAAAUUGACAAAGAUCAAGCAUUCAGUGGUGGAACAACUGACGAUACCCGAGCCUCAAGCGCUGGAAAAAUUGACAAAGAUCAAGCAGUAAAUGCUGGAACAGCUGAAGAUACCCGAGCCUCAAGUACUGGAAAAAUUGACGACAAUCGAGCAUUAAGUGCCGGCAUACUUGACGACAUUGCAGCACUUCAGCGCCCUUACAAGAAGGCGUUCCGAAAGGCAAUUGAAUAUCUAGUGGAUAAGAUGGAAGCGGAUCUCAAAUAUCGCCCUCCACCAACGAACAGAGGACUACUUGCAUUCGUCGAGAAAUCGGUCGUCGAAUUCAACGCCAGUCACAGUUCCAUGGUGGUUGAUGAGGUCAAGACUCUGUGGCCGCAGGUGAGACAUAUGACGCCAGCCCGGAUUACGAAGCUCAAGUCUCUGUUAGAGGCCCAUAACGGGGUGAUCUCGUACUUUCAUCUGAGAGCGAUCCUAUCAGAAGGUGUCUACAGACUCUCAAACGCCGGAGACCCUGUUGAUGCGGCGUGGUGGGUGGAUGAUCUUCUGAAAAGCGUGGAGCGACUUUUCGGCCUUCCAGGCGACGGGGCAACUCAGCCCGUGGCUGAAAGCGCGACAGAUCCGACAGUCAACGCCCUCAAGAGGAAAUUGGAAGAGAUCACUAAAUGA